AUGGCGUAUCAUUCGUUGAGCGAGGCCCCCCGCAACGUCAAGGAGUGCAUUGACUGGUUGAUGGCCCUCAAGGGAACUGAUGCUGAAAGCAACAUUGCUGCUUUGGGCGCUGCACUACACGAUUUCCUUGCGGACAAGCCUGUAGGGCUGACAGUUUUGCCUGCUCUCGAGAACGUUAAACUUAUAUCUAGAGAGUUUCUGGAGAAACCGGAACUUAAGGACCAAUGGUGCGUUGUAAGGGUGCUGGAUAAGUUCAAAGAACCUAUGGAUAAAAACCCAAACGUAUUCUAUAAGUUCUUUGGCACCGUUGGCGAAAGCGAUUAUCAGAAUGUUGUACAGACUCAUGGUGUAGAUGCUGAAGCCAUGACAGCUAAGAUAACUCAAGUUGUGGACAAUUGUGAGAUGUUCUUGAAUUAUGUCAGAGACGGCGAGUAUUAUACUCCUUCUUACAGUUCAGCUGCGACCUGGGAAACAUCGUGCUCGCAAGACCCGGAAGCUUGCGCAGUGGUCUUCGUGGGGUUUGCACCCAUGUUAUACACGGGACUACUAUCUCUUUUGGAAUCGUCUAUAGUUGCUUGCUUCAAAUGGCCGCCGUUUAGUGCGGAUAAGCCUAUGGGAGAGGUAUUGAAAGCCGUUGGUUUUGAAGAGCCAGGAUGCCGCUCCGGCAUAAAAGCCUCAAAUGUCCUCAGAGCUUUUAAAUAUCUCGAUGAAGAAGUGUUCGCCUCACUCUACGACCUCGCCGGAUUCUGGGCUUUCUAUUGA